AUGAACACUUGUAACUGGACAGACUACUCAAGCAAGUACUACUCACUGAGUAUAGACCUUACUGUUUCAGCACUAUUCACCGUGUGGAGCUAUCUACAGAAGGCCUAUCCUAGUGGAAACUGCUCACUGUAUACCUCUGUAGGUGAGUACUAUUCACCGGAUAGACCUAUUUUAAACCAUGCCGUGAAGGAAGUGAAUCGUGCCGUACACGAAACAAACCAUACCGUGAAGGAAGUGAAUCGUACCGUACACGAAACAAACUAUGCCGUGAAGGAAGUGAAUCGUAUAGUGCACGAAACAAACUAUGCCGUGAAGGAAGUGAACCGUACCGUACACGAAACAAACCAUGCCGUGAAAGAAGUGAACCGUACCGUACACGAAACAAACCAUGCCGUGAAAGAAGUGAACCGUACCGUACACGAGACAAACUAUGCCGUGAAGGAAGUGAAUCGUAUAGUGCACGAAACAAACUAUGCCGUGAAAGAAGUGAAUCGUACCGUACACGAAACAAACCAUGCCGUGAAAGAAGUGAACCGUACCGUACACGAAACAAACUAUGCCGUGAAGGAAGUGAAUCGUAUAGUGCACGAAACAAACUAUGCCGUGAAAGAAGUGAACCGUACCGUACACAAAACAAUUAAGCAUGCCGUGAAAGAAGUGAAUCGUACCGUACACAAAACAAACCAUGCUGUGAAAAAAGUGAAUCGUACCGUUCACGAAACAAACUAUGCCGUGAAAGAAGUGAAUCGUAUACACGAAACAAACUACUAG